AGACUGUUCGACAACUCCAAUUGUUGGAAUUGUCUUGAAAACAGGCAUUGACUGGCGUGGAUUCAUCAAUGCUGCGCAUGGCUGUUGUGAAUAAUUGACGAAGUCGCCCGCUACCAUCACCAGAUCUUCAGCUUGGGAGGCACUGCAGGCCUGCAACGUGCGCCAUGCUGAAUGGGCAGAAAGCAAUUGGAUCCUGCUGUUGACAUCGCUCGUGUCCCUGACUAACACCGGAACGCGAUGUGUGCAAGAUGGACUCGGCCACCAGUUCGGACGCGGAGCCAUUCUGUCUCAUCUGCUUGGGACUGAUAGUCGACAGGACGAUCCUCCCUUCCUGCUCCCAUGGCCAAUUUUGCUUCAACUGCAUACACAAAUGGGCUGCUUUGCGGCGAACAUGUCCGCUUUGCAAUGCCCCGAUGGGUCCGUUCCUCAUCCAUGACAUACACGGCAAGCACGACUACUCAAGAUUCUACCUGCGACCAGCACCUGAGACGACCGUCGACGAGUACUUUCGACACCUGUUGGCAAGCACGCCAUCUUCGUCACGCCAGCCAGCUUUGUCCGAGUCGACACAGCGCAGCCGCAAAGGCCACCGUGGGAAUUACCAGUGCAGAGACGGUCGCGCAUUCUGCUCCCCACCUAUAUCCGAAGCAACACUCGCCGAAGCAGGGUUUCAACGGGUGGACGAGGAAGUAGCGUUCAGGCGGCGCAUCUACCGUUGUGAAGCGUAUGCAAAGCAUGUGGGCUGCAAUCGCUAUUCGCGCUAUUCAGCUCCUCUCAAACCUGACCAAAUAGCCAAGGAUACCGAUGCGCAACAUCGAGCGACAGUGUUUAUUCGGCGGGAACUUCGUGUGUGGCCGAACCUUGAUAUCGAAUUUCUUACAUCCUAUUGCGUGCAGAUUCUCAAAAGCAUCGACUUGCAAUCCGAUACUGCGCUUCGCCUACUUGGCGAUUUUUUGGGCGACGAAGUGGCACAUCAUUUCGUACAUGAAGUCAUACAUUUCCUCAGGAGUCCCUUCAGAACGCCACAGGAGUGGGAUCGGACUGUGCAACAUGCUCCGCCCUUGAUCGAACCUCAUCGCGAUGGCAACAGACGACGGCACGACGAAGAAGCAGACCGCAGGUGCGACAAUACCAUGCACGGACGCACAGGCAAGCGAAACAGUGACGGUAAUAUAGAACGGGACUACCCAACGCGGCCAUUCUCGGAUCAGGAGCCAUCGCGAGACUUUGGUUCCAAUCACGACGCGGCGCAGCCACCGUCGACAAGGAAUUCGUGUGAGACCGACGUUCUGUCAGCAAUGGCAGAGCAGCCGACUUCGUUCCUUUCGAAAGCAUCACCUUCAUUGUCACGUUUGCCUUCUACUGAGCGCAAUCGGAUCCUUGCCCAGCGCCAAGAAGUGAGUCAGCGACGCGCGAAGCAUCUAGCCCGGCUCGAGCGAGAAAAGCAGCAAGUGGUUGCCACCCCCCCACUUCAAGCGCCGAACACAGCGGUACCAGUCACGCAUACAGUCAGCAUAGAGUCUGCUGCUCCAUAUGAGUUCACCUUCCCGCAGCGGAUCCCAUCAUUAGAAGCAGAAAGGGCAAAACGAGAAGAAGAGCUCCGUGGGAAGCUGAAGAAGAAGAAAGAGGAGAGGCACGAAGUGGACAUGUGCAGGAGAGCUAGGGAAGCGAGGCUGAAGUGCCUACUAUUGACCCAGCGACGGAAGGAGGGAGAGCUACUCAACGCAACUGGCGAACGACAUUUGCGAGAUGUCAUGAGCACAAUGAAAGGCGAACUUGUAGACUAGGAUUUCCUUAUUGUAACGCAUGUACUGAGCAU